CAAGUUUACAGCAUUAUUUCAAUACAUGAGUCGCAUAUUGAACGCUUCACCUGUGUGCUAAAAAUUUAAUUUAAAGAAAUUCGUUUAAAUUGGUUUAUUUUUAUUUGUUUUGUUGAAAAAGUUCACAUAAAAUCCAAACACAAUGAGUGAUACACCAAGCUCACCACCACCAUCGAUUGAAGCCGAGCGUCGUGAAUUGCUUCGCAAUUUGAUGACAUCGCCAGUGGAAGAUUUCGAACCGUUUGAAAACGAAGAUGAAAUUCUUGGCGAUACAACGGUGCGUCACGAUGAUGAAGAAGAUGAUGGCGAAGAAUUGUUUGGCGAUAACAUGGAAAAUGAUUAUCGUCCACGACCGGAAUUGGAUCGUUAUGAUAUGGAUCAAUUGGACGAUGAUGAUUUCAGUGAUAUAUCUGAAGGUGAUCGACGUGCAGCCGAAAGAGAGAUGAACAAACGCGAUCGCGCAAUGGGAAUUCAUCGCGACGAACGUAAUUUGGUCUAUGAUCAAAGUGAUGACGAAGAUGAAAUACCGCGAUUGAAACGACGGGCAGCCGAAAAAGCGAUGGAAGUUGAUACCGAAGACGCUGAAAUGAUUGAAUCCAUCGAAAAUUUGGAAGACACAAAAGGUUAUUCGACAAAAGAAUGGGUUUCAAUGUUGGCACCACGCACAGAAAUCUCAAAUCGUUUCAAGAGUUUUUUGCGUACAUUUGUUGAUGAGAAAGGUCAAUAUGUGUAUCGUGAUGCGAUUCGUCGCAUGUGUGAACAAAAUCGUGCUAGUUUUGUUAUUUCUUACACCGAUUUGGCCAGUAAAGAGCAUGUUCUUGCUUAUUUCUUGCCUGAAGCACCAUUUCAAAUGUUGGAAAUUUUUGAUGGUGUCGCCAAAGAUAUGGUGCUCAGCAUUUUUCCAACUUAUGAUCGUGUUACCAGUGACAUUCAUGUUCGUAUUUCGGAAUUGCCAUUGAUCGAAGAGCUCCGAACAUUCCGGAAAUUGCAUUUAAAUCAAUUGGUUCGAACGUUGGGCGUUGUUACAGCAACAACCGGCGUAAUGCCACAAUUGUCAGUCAUCAAAUACGAUUGUGUGAAAUGUGGCUACAUUCUUGGUCCAUUUGUACAAUCACAAGACACCGAAACCAAACCGGGAUCAUGUCCAGAGUGUCAAAGUAGCGGCCCAUUUUCAAUAAAUAUGGAACAAACGGUGUAUCGUAAUUAUCAGAAAAUUACAAUGCAAGAAUCACCUGGCCGUAUUCCAGCUGGUCGUAUUCCACGUAGCAAAGAUUGUAUUUUAUUGUCUGAUUUAUGCGACAUGUGCAAACCGGGCGAUGAAAUUGAAGUAACCGGCGUUUAUACAAACAAUUACGAUGGUUCUUUGAAUACCGAACAUGGUUUUCCAGUGUUUGCCACCGUCAUUAUGGCCAAUCAUAUUGUCGUUAAGGACAGCAAACAAGUGGUAUCAUCGUUGACUGAUGAAGACAUUGCAACCAUUCAAAAAUUGAGCAAAGAUCCACGUAUCAGUGACCGAAUUAUCACCAGUAUGGCUCCAUCUAUUUAUGGUCAUGAUUUUAUCAAACGUGCAUUGGCAUUGUCGUUGUUUGGUGGUGAAUCUAAAAAUCCGGGCGACAAACAUCGUGUCAGAGGCGAUAUCAACGUAUUGAUUAUGGGCGAUCCAGGUACGGCCAAAUCACAAUUUUUGAAAUAUACCGAAAAGAUUGCACCGCGUGCUGUAUUCACAACUGGUCAAGGUGCCAGUGCGGUCGGUUUAACGGCAUACGUUCGACGUAAUCCCGUCUCAAAAGAAUGGACAUUGGAAGCUGGUGCUCUUGUACUUGCCGAUCAAGGUGUUUGUUUAAUUGAUGAAUUCGAUAAAAUGAACGAUCAAGAUCGUACUUCAAUUCAUGAAGCAAUGGAACAACAAUCGAUUUCCAUUUCAAAAGCUGGUCUGGUAACAUCGCUUCAAGCACGUUGUGCGGUCAUUGCAGCUGCCAAUCCAAUUGGUGGUCGGUACGAUUCGAGUAUGACAUUCUCUGAAAAUGUGAAUUUAUCUGAACCGAUUUUAUCACGUUUUGAUAUUUUGUGCGUUGUCAAAGAUGAAUUUGAUCCGAUGCAAGAUCAAAAAUUGGCCGAAUUCGUCAUUAAAUCACAUCAAAAGCAUCAUCCAAAUUUUGCCGAAGCAAAUCAACUUAACACACAACAAUCACAAAACGAACUCGAAAUUCCACAAGAUUUGCUCAAAAAGUACAUUGUUUAUUCAAAAGUCAAUGUGCGCCCAAAACUGACGAACAUGGACCAAGACAAAAUUGCAAAAAUGUAUUCACAAUUGCGUCAAGAAUCACAGGCCACUGGUAGUUUACCGAUAACGGUUCGUCAUAUUGAAAGUGUAAUUCGUAUGUCAGAGGCACAUGCACGAAUGCAUUUGCGUGAUUCUGUUCAAGAGGUUGAUGUGAACAUGGCCAUUCGAAUGAUGUUGGAAAGUUUCGUCGAAGCACAAAAGUUCAGUGUAAUGAAAAAGAUGCGAGCAUCGUUCCAAAAAUACUUAUCAUUCCAAAAGGAUCACUCGGAAUUGUUAUACUUUAUUUUGCGUCAAUUAACAUUGGAACAAUUGGCAUAUAUUCGUGCGAGAGACGGACCAUCUGCCACUCACGUUGAGGUCAUUGAAAAGGAUUUAACCGAGCGCGCAAAAGCCAUCAACAUUUUCAAUUUCAAAGAUUUCUAUGAAAGCAGCAUUUUCAAACAGCAUGGCUAUGCCUACGAUGCAAAGCGCAAAGUAAUUUUGCAGAUUGUUCCGACGGCCGCCCAAUAAAUACUAAAUCAUUUUCAACCAACAUUGGAAUAAUAAUGGGCCAUUAUUCAUUUCUCAUUGUUUACCACAUUGUCAUAUAUAGUAUACAUGUCAUUUCAUUUCUGAAUGCCUGUUUUCGGCGGUUCAUUGUUUCAGUUUCAUUUAUUAUCAUUAUUAUUAUAAGUUAGUUAUCUCAUAGACCAUUUUAAUGAACAAAUCUGAAGUAAUUUAUGCACUCGUUAAAAUUAAUUUGACAUUAUUUUAAGUUUGUCGUUGCUUAUUCUGCCCUUUUUCUUUAUUUUCGAAAAUAGAAUUUAGCGUGUUUUUCUUUCUCUUCUAUCUUUUUUUAUUU